AUGACGAAAGCAAACAGUGAAUCACGAAGAACGCUGUCUAUUUACUGCUGUAAUUUAAAAAGAGAGAUCCUGUGUGGCAUACUAUUGAUUAUUAUUAUCGCAGCCAUCGUUGUAAGCGUUUUAAUUCCGACCGUUAUUGUCAAAAAGAAUAAAACUGGAUCUUCAUCAACAAUAACAACAACAACUACUGCUGCUGCGAGUAAACCAACCAUAAUAACAACAACGGAUCGAGCUGCGAUGUUUCAUAAUCAAGUGACUUAUUCAACUAAUUCUAAUCGACAAUCAAUUGCUGCGAUGGAUUUAAAUAAUGACGAUAUGCCUGAUAUUGUAGUUGCAAUGUUUGGAGGAUCCACAAUUAAUAUUUUCUUCAACACUCGAAAUGGUACUUUUAAUAAACGAAUGAGCUAUGCAACUGGCACUCAUCCACUCGGAGUAGCGUUAGGAGAUGUUACUGGUGAUAAUAAGGCUGAUAUUGUUGUUGCAAACAACGCAGAUUACACCGUUAGUGUUCUUCAUAAUGUGGGCGACGGUACCUUUCUGUCUCAAAGCACAUUCCUUGGUCAAACUGCUUACACAGCUGGUGCUUAUGCACAGGCGCCAAUAGUAGCCGACCUGAAUGAUGAUAAGAGACCUGAUAUAGUUGCCGUCAAUGGUGAUUCAAACACUACUAGUAUUUUCUUCAAUGCAGGUAAUGGUACGUUUCUAAAUCAAACUAUAUAUGCUGUUGGCUCUACACCAUCAUCAGUAGCUGUUUGUGAUGUUAACUUAGACACUAAACCUGAUAUUGUCGUUUUGAAUCAACGUUGGAAUAGCGUCAGUAUUCUCCUUAAUGUGGGCAAUGGUACAUUUCUCGACCAAAGAACAUAUACCGUUGGCAACAUGCCAAAUUCAUUAGCCAUCGCUGACAUGAACUUGGAUACGAAACCUGACAUUGUUGUAACCAACUGGGCUUCGCACACUAUCAGUGUGCUCCUCAAUGCAGGCAAGGGUACAUUUCCCAAUCAAAUCAGUUAUACAACUGGCAGACAUCCUGUCCCGUUAGCAGUGCUUAAUUUGAAUGGUGAUAACAAACCAGAUGUUGUUGUUGCCAACUCUGGUUCCAAUAAUAUCGGUGUUUUCUUGCAUCGUUAG